AUGGAGAAGAAGAGCUUGAGAGUCGACCAUAGCACCAUUAUAGGCAACAACAAGCUUAAGGGUUCCUCAUGGAGAGAGUUUGGAGAAGAAGAUUAUGUGUGUGGUGGGAUUCCAUGGCCGCCAAGAUCUUACACUUGCAGCUUCUGCAAGAGGGAAUUUAGGUCGGCUCAAGCUUUGGGUGGUCACAUGAAUGUUCAUAGGAGAGAGAGAGCUAGGUUAUUAAGACAGUCAUCUACUCCACCAGGGGACUACAACGGUCAGCCAUCUUUUCUUAAACUUAACCCUAACCCUAACCCUAAUUUCCGUUCUUCUUCUUCUUUGAUUGCUCGUCCAUUUUGUUCUACAUUACCUCAUCAUCUUUCUUCUUCAUCUUCUGGUUUCUCUAAUGAAAUGAAGAAAUGGCGAAGGAAGGGUGCAAAAUCAGUUUUUCAAGUCAAAGAAUUCAAGGAUUAUGAAUGUAAUAAUAAUAAUUUGUUGAAGAAGAAGAAGAUUAAUGAGAGUGUAAGGUUGGAGUUAGAGGUUGAUGUGGUUAGUGAUUCCAAGGAAGAUUUGGAUUUGGAACUUCGAUUGGGAUAA